CGCCAGCUUUGCUGUCAAAUGAAUGGGACAUCCAAUAAAAUUAAAGCUUUUUAAAAUUAACAGGAAGUCGUUCUUGUUUAACAGACACUUGGUGAUAUCUGACUUCGAUCUGCUUUUUGAUUAUGGCCCAAAAUAUUAAUCCACAUUACGCGUCUUCGUCGAAUCCCGCCAAACAAAACGAGGACACAAUAAAAUUGAACGACAAUCAUGCUGUGAGCAAACGACUUCAAAAGGAGCUUAUGGAGUUGAUGCGUUGCUCAGAUAAAGGAAUAUCAGCAUUCCCCGAAAGUGAAAAUCUAUUUAAAUGGAUCGGCACAAUACAUGGUCCGGAAGACACUGUGUACGCUGGUCAUAAAUAUAAACUGUCCCUUGAAUUCCCUAAUUCAUACCCUUAUGCACCUCCUAUAGUGAAAUUUGUAACACCCUGUUUUCAUCCCAAUGUAGAUACAUGUGGUUUAAUAUGUUUGGAUAUUUUAAAAGACAAAUGGACUGCUUUAUAUGAUAUCCGUACAGUCCUCAUAUCUAUCCAAAGUCUCCUAGGUGAACCCAAUACGUUGAGUCCAUUAAAUCAACAAGCAUCUUAUCUAUGGCCCAAUCAACCCGCUUAUAAAAAAUAUCUAGAUGAAUUUUACAAUAAGAACAAAGAAUCGUAGUUCAGAUUGUUAAUGGUUGAGUUGCAAUGAAAGUUUUUUUUGUGAUCAAUCGCUUUUUACGGGAAUAGGAAAUUUGCUUACUUUGAAUUAGGGUUCUACUGGCCUUGGUCUUCAAUUUCAAAUAUCUUAAUCUCAUUUAAUUUACUAUUAAAAAGUGAUUGGAUAAAGAUUUGACUGAUGAAUAACAAAAUCUCUGUGACUUUUUCUGUUGUAUUCUGUAGCCUUGUAGAUGAAAAUUAUUAGAUUUAAUACUAUUUGAGAGAGUAAACAAUAAUUUUCGUUUUCCAGACAUUGUAUAAUCUUCAAACUAAUUUUAAUUUUUCAACAGGUUUUUCUCAUUUCAAAUUAAAUGGUUAUACUUCUUUUUAUUUACCAAAAUCACAGAAAUGAUGUUCCAAUGUCUAAUACAGAAAUUAUAUAAAACUUUGUAAACUUGCGUUGAUCACUUUCUCUAACCAAGUUAAUAAUGAAUAUAUUGAAAAGUCUAAAAUGUUGUUUGUCUAGUAAAAUUAUGAGGAAUUUAUUUAUAAAUUGUACUAUAUACAGUUUUAUUUCAGACAGUUUGUAAACUGACAGAUGUACUUUAAGUGAUCAUUAAUAUUACAUUUCAUUAGUGCAAUUCAAA